UGUUCAUGUGGUGUGGGUAGGGGCAUGACACGUGCAUUACACGUGCGGACAUCCAUUGGCACCGGUAUCACCGUAAUUUGGAUCACCCCGAAAAGAAAAACACCGUAAUUUUGCGACCGCGUAAAGAUCCGUUACGGCUGGAGUGGACGGAUCGUGGUGGGUGCGCUGAGCGAGGCAGCGUGGCCUGGAGCGUGGAGCCACCCGCGCAGAGAUGCAACACCAGUUGCCAGUGCACUACCACACCCCCACGUGCUCUCCUGACCGCGGCCUCCGAGCCGCACGAGCCGGACAAAAAGAAACAGGCGGGCGGGAGUGCGCUAAAAUAAGGCGCGGCAGUCAGGACGGAGCAGGGCAUCCCACCACGCCGCCUCUGCCUCCUCUGAUGCUCUCCCCUGCCACCGCAUCCGCUUGCGCGCCCGUGCCCUCCAUUCCCCAAGCUCCCGAUCCGCCUCUCCUCCCCCUUCCGCGCGCCUCCACGUUCGCCCACAAAGCAGCAGCGGCAACGGCGGCAGAUCGAGAUCGACAACUCGAGUAGCUCAUCUGCUCGUGUCCAGGUACCAAGAAGACCAAGAUCGAGAAUGGAGGAGAAAGCGGCGGAGACUGCGGCGGCGGCGCCUGUGGCAGCGGUUGCAGGCGCCGUCGCGGGGGAUCAAGACGUGGCGUACUGCAGCGAGCACCCCUACCCGCCCGGCGCGGCCGCGGCCGCAGGGGUUGCUCUCGGCGGGAGUGGCAUCUGCGCCUUCUGCCUGCAGGAGAAGCUCGGCAUGCUGGUCUCCUCGUCCAAGUCCAGCCCCUUCCAUCCGCCGCCUUCCUCCGUCACCCCGCCGUCCUCUGAGCCGCCGGUGCCUCUCCAAGCUUCUGCGACCUCUGGCAUGCCGAUCCCGUUGCACAAGGCCGCGUCGGCUGCCAGCGGGCUCAGGAGGAGCAAGUCCGUGGCGCCGCGGCCAGAGGAACCGCCGCUCGCAUCCAAUCCGUCUUCUAUCAACGCUGACAGCCCACGCAAGAAGAGCUUCUGGUCCUUCCUCUACUCCUCGUCUUCCAGCAGCCACCGGAGCGCGUCGUCAUCUCUGGCCAGUGGGGAACAGGGCGCGCCAUCGUCCGCGAGGAGGAAGUCGGUGUCGGUGGCGUCGGCAGCGUCGGCGUCGCUGGGGCGGAGGCUGGAGGCGAUAGAGGAGCCGGCCGACCAGAGCCCGAGCCGCCGCAGCGAGGGCUCGGGCUCUUCGUCGUCGUUCGGGAGGAAGGUGGCCCGGUCGCGCUCCGUGGGGUGCGGCAGCCGCAGCUUCUCGGGGGACUUUCUGGAGCGCCUCUCCACCGGCUUCGGCGACUGCGCGCUCCGCCGCGUCGAGUCCCACCGCGAGCCCAAGCCCAAGGGAGCGCUCGGCCACCACCUGGGCGGCGCCGGCGCCGGCGACGGCGACGAAGACUACGACGAGUACGCGCGGCAGCACAGGAUCAAGUGCGCCGGGUUCUUCGGCGGCGCUGCGCCCCCGGCGUCAUCCUCCUACUGGCUCUCCGCGGCCAACGGUGGCUCCGGCUCCGGCUCCGGCGGCGGCUCGAGGGUUCCUGGUGCGCGGAGCCACCGGAGCUGGGCGUGGGCGCUCGCGAGCCCCAUGAGGGCGCUGAGGCCGACGAGCUCCGCGUCCAGCAAGACCAUCAUGUCCGCGCACCACAACCGCGCGGCCGGCAACAACGGGACGAACGGCAACAUGUCGACGAUGGCCGCAUUGUCCGCAUCGGGCACGAUGGCGACGAGUUAGCUCCAAUAUCGGUUUGCAGCUGCGAGAUCAAGUCAACCAUCCAUCUCCUCCUUGAAUUGUACCCCCCUGAAAUUUCUCGUCCUUUCUUGCUCAUCUAUGUCCUCGGCCUCAAGAAGCUGCUCCUGAAGUGAAAGGUGUGAAAUGUGCCAUGGAUUAAGCUAUAGUUGACUCCUGGCUCCUGCAUUUGUAAUUCAGCUCUAGUUGGGGAAUCGUUUCCCGGUUACCGUGGAAAUUGAACUGUUUUUGGAUAAUUUUAUGUGCUCGUGAGUCGUGACGGCGCCUAUGCCUUGAAUUGGAAAAGAUCAAAAAGAGAAACUUGUGAAUUCGCU